CUGUGCUGGUGGAUCGCCUUCGCCUUCUGCUCCCGAUCUCUCCGCCCGUCUCGCGGCCCGCCUGCUGCCGUUCGCCGGACUCGGUCUGCUCCAGCCGUCCCCCUUCCUAUUGUGGCGUGGUCACCUUCCUCCACCGCAGGCCAGUCGCAUCAUCCAGUUUCCCUAGUUCAGCAUCCUCAAAGUUGGCCCUCUUCUCCUCGACGACAGUUCUUCUUGAACUCCGAGGCAGGAGAAUUAGAGGGAAGAAGAGCAGUCGUAUCAGCAGCUUAAACAAUUCCGAGUAAAAUGGUGGAUGCAUGGUGGUCAUUACUAGGGGCUGCAAUUCCAGCAAUCAUAGCAGGUCAAGCCAUCAGAGCCAGAAGACGAUAUGCUGAAGAACAAAGGCUCAAGAAUGCUCGCGGGCGUGAAAAGAACUCCGACGAAAUCUUUGUGUGUGAGAGAGUUUGUACUUCCAAGAGAAUGUUGAAGAAGGUGGGUGCAUUUUCAAAGGAUCCGAUCCUCGACACCUGUGUCACCGUUUGUGGUGUUUCAGAACUAGAUGCCUGCGCUGAUGCCUGCGCACGGACUGUUUGUGUUAACCAACACCAGGUGCCCAAUUGGAAUGACAUCUGCAUGAAAAGGUGCCAAAGUGAAUGCCUCAGGCUAUCUGCAUCUUCAACUUAAAUUGUGCAUCUCGACCGGAAUAAAAGCGGUUAUCGGAUUUUAUCUGCAUUAGUAGUUUGUAGCAUUUUUUUUGGUUUGAAAUAUUGCCCGCAAAAACUGUGAGAUACUUGCCCCUUCGUUUGGUAUGUAUUUUGAAACAAACGAGUUUGUCAAGAGCAUGAACUUUGAGUAAUGUCAAUAUUAGUUUUUUGCUCGAGUCUA